AUGUUUGAUAAUCUCUUUGAAGCAAUUGAGUAUGCAAGAACUGUAAUGACAGAAUGUCUAAGCAGUGAAUAUCGAGAUUAUUACAUUAACAAGGUAAAUGAAAAAAUUAAAUAUUUAAAUCAAUGUAUUAAUUUGUUAAAAUACAGUACUAAACAAAUAGAUAGUUAUAGUGGAUGGAAUAAGUUCUGUAAUAAUAUUUAUGAUUCUUUAAAAGAAAGAUUAAAAAAAAAAUUCUUAGAAUUAGUUGAAGGAGACCAGAAUUUUAUAAUUGGUUUUAGUAAAGAGAAAAAAGUCACAUCUUUUAGAAACAAUGAAAUGUACAACAAAGUAAAGGAUGUGGUAAAUCUGUGUCUUGUUUUUAGUACUUCAACUUCUUUUUAUAGAGAAUUUAAGUUAGAAAUAACUGCACCAGAGUCAUAUUCUAAAUGUCCUAAUGAACAACAAAAAAAGGAUUGGAUUAUUCAAAAUUGGAAUAGUGCAGUACAAUUCUACAAAGAAAUAAAAAAAGAAGUAGAUAAAGACACACACAAACAAGAACGUUCAGGAAUGUUCUCAUCUUUUAAUAGCUUAUUUGGUAAAUCUACUUCUAAGAAAGAAUCACCAGAAGAAUUAUCCAAAGAGAUUAAUGAACGGUUAGAAAGAAUGUUUGAACAAUAUGACAAUUUAAUUGAUAAAAUAACAUCUGAAUACAAAGAAUAUAAUAAAGACAUGGAUAAUACUCGUGAUGAAUCAGAACAACAAGAAGCCCAAUGGAGAAAUGAGUUAGAUAAUGCCAAAAGAAAGUUAGCAGAAGAAGAAAGAAUGAAAAAAGAAUCAGAAAUAGAUGGACUUAAAAAAGCUAUGAAAGAAUUAAAAAAAGAGAAUGGAGAAUUAAAAAAAGAGAAUGAAACUAUCAGACAAGAAAUUAAUGAAUAUAAAAUAUAUGUACCAACAUUUAUUUGUAACUGUUUUAAAGAAAUAAUGAAUUCUCAUGGAAUUGAAUAUAAUGUAAAUCCUCAAAGUCAAACAGAGAAUAUUACUAUGUAUGUCGACCCAUCUGAAUUUGAAAAAGAAAUAUUUACUGUUGAGUUGCCGAGAAUAGUUGUAAAUAAUAAUGUAAACAUCACUAUUGAAAAAGAGAAUUAUUAUGUAUCUCCAAAGGAAGAAAACGAAAUAACCCUCACUGUGAGAGGGUCUGAAAUGAAUGGUACUUGUCUUAAUAGGACUAUUAUAAUCAAAAAACAAAACAUCACUCAAGAAAACAUAGAAGUCUCUCUUACAUCAAAGGAUAUAGAACAAGGAUAUUAUGUGUGUCGACAUACAUUACACGAUAGACAGGUUGAACUUCAAUUUAUAUUGCCAGUAGACAAAGACAUUAAAGAUGGUACUAAAUUUUUAUUUGAGUCAAAAGGUUAUGCUCUUUGUAUCACUGCCUAUCUACAAGACAAUACAUCUGAAUUGGAAGAGUCAGAAGGUAAUGACUCUGCAAAUACUAAAGAUGGUAAUGGUAGUGAUUACCAAUCAACAGAAAUAACUGGUUCUGAACAACUGAAACAACCAGGUGAUACGAGUGAUUUUAGUACAAAUAAGGUUCAAAGUGAAAACUCAAAUAGUUUAGAAUCUAGUCAAAGUGACGAUAACACCAACCCUCCUUCUGAACCACCUCUCGCUACAAGCAUGUCUAUGGAUGAGUCUCCAAAUGAGAAAACACCAUCCACAAACAUGGAAGAAGAAAGUGUUACACAACAAUAA